AUCAUAGCAAACGAGAGAGAGAGAGAGAGAGAGAAGCAGUCGCAAAAAGUGUUGUGUUGUGUUAGUGACAUGGAGGUGAAACAGCUGAGCCGCAAACGGACACAACCGGUCGUGGUGUCCACUUCGUGCUCUGGAGGCUGUGUUAUGUUAAAGUCAAUGGACGGUGCUCCGGAUCAGCAAUGUUGAGUAUUUGUAUAUAGAGUUGCAGCCGUUCAUAAGCGUGUUUAGCAGAACAACUGUUCACAUAAACAUUCAUAUCCUCAUCAGUAGCAAACGAAAACAACCGGGCACCGUCGAGUUCUUGAAGAUGUUGAUGAUGCGGAAGAUGAUUAUGUUGCGGUUUGAUCAGUUAUGUUAAUGAUACAUAAUGGUGAUGAUAUAUAAUCCAUUAAUCCUCCGGGAACUCCUAAGCAUGGUAUAUGAUGAUUCACGAAAUUCCAGCGCACCGUGUCGGAGAAACACAUCAAGACUAGCACGAAUUCCCGGAAGAGAGCUAUAAAAGUGGCAAAAACUAUGAUAUGAAACAUCGAGCAAUAACUAGAGAUCCGUUGAGAGAUAUGCGUCGUCCGGUUAAUCACACUCGAAGGUGAUUUUUUUUAAUAUUUAUGAGCACGGACGAGCCGUAUGUUUGAAUCGGUCUGUUAUAUAAUGUUAUAUCCCAUUUAUGUAGCAAUACGUUCACGUAUCUCUUUCUAAAAUCGGCACGAACUGUUCAACUGGAAAAAAAGACAUUUUUAAUCGUAGAAAUGAAAACUUUUUUUAUACUUAAUGCAUGAGCUGGUGCUAACGAGCUGAUGUGUGUAGUAUUUGAUGUUUGCAAACUUAAAUCAAACAUAAAGACGAAACGAAGAUAUUUGAAGUGAUCUCGAAUGAUCAAAUAUCAACAUAAACAUCUGGCAAAGUGACAACACAAACAGCAAGAAAGCAAUGUUUUCCCUCGCGCAACGGUGCUGACAAAAUGUGGGUCACUAUCAAGGGCAGCUGUGUGGAGGUUAGGCCCGUCAAUUUUUCGGCCUAGCCAUGCUGAUGUUAGAAAAUGUCUCUUACCAAGUCAUGAAUGAAUCAACAAUGUAUUCGGUAAUGUAAUUUAACAAUGUAUUAUCAUGACGCCAUCCUCUUACCUACUGCUCAUCGGUAUCAUGAGGCACGGAAAAUUCUCGGAAUUCCGGGUUAUAUAUACAAAUGACACACACGGAUAAAAUAAACAAUUGACUCUUGAGCUUUUCCGAACCCUCUCGAGCAUGAGAGUGAACGGCAGUCAACUGUGGUGUCCGCUUAUAAACGGAGCGGCGAAUCAUACGGCUCUCAGUUCUGGCUGUACCUCCGUUCGUAACAAUCUGUGGUGGUGCUUGUAACAAGAGAAUAACGCGUGCGUCGUCGACUAAUCCAUCGAGAUAUCCAUCCGUUCCAUUUAUUGUUUCGCAUGCCGCUUCGUCUAGUGCAAGAAAGUUGAAAGAUGACGUUCAGAAAUAUUUUGACUUGCUUACUGGUAGCAAUCCACGUGUGCAGUGUGUUGUCCCAAAGCGAUCCAGCCUGCCAGACACCAACCCGCAAAGCAGGAUUCUGUGUGGCAAUCGAGCGUUGUCGGAACAUCUAUCACAUUGUUCGAUCACCCACACCACCUAAGCAAAGCGUUCAGAACUACAUAAAUGCUGCCAAUUGCACUCUACUCGGUGUGGACCGAGGCAUAUGCUGCCAAAAAACGGAGAUCGUCAAACGACAGCCAUUGUUGUCGGAGGAAUGCGGUGAUAGCACAUUCCUAAAAUUAUCGUGGGCCAAUGAAACCGAGCCAUUCGACUAUCCGUGGAUGGCAGUGCUUCAGUACACGAAAAAUGGUGUGCAAAGAGACGGUUGUGGAGGAUCGUUGAUCAACAAUCGCUACGUAUUGACGGCGGCCCACUGUGUGCAAGCUCGGGACGGUUGGAUGCUAUCUAAAGUACGGCUUGGCGAACAGGAUAGAAGCAAACCGAUUGAUUGCAUUGUUUAUAGUAAUGGAGAAAAAUCUUGUACCGAUCCACCGGCGGACGUGGCAAUCGAAUCAACGGUCGUGCAUCCUCAGUACAAUCCUUCCAAACUCUUGCACGACAUUGCAUUGAUUCGAAUGGCACACGACAUUGAAUUCACUUAUUCUAUCAAGCCCAUUUGUCUACCAGUGCGGCAAGAUGUUCGUGAUUUAGAUUUACCAAGGUACAUUGUGACCGGUUGGGGUAUGACUGAGAAGCAUGUUCCUUCCGAAAUUUUAAUGCAGGCAAUAGUGGAACCAGUGAAAAUAUCGGAAUGCCAAGAGAGAUUCGCCGAACACGGUUAUUCGGUAGCGCUUUCGGGGGAAUACCAAAUGUGUGCUGGUGGCAAAUACAGUGUUGACGCUUGCAGAGGCGAUUCGGGAGGUCCAUUGGCUUUCUACGUACGAAACAUGGGGGCUCGAUUUGUCCAGUAUGGAAUUGUGUCGGCCGGUGUUAAUGCUUGUGGAGAAGCGAGUGUCCCCGGUAUUUACACUCGUGUGUCGAGCUAUAUGGAUUGGAUAAUUAGAAGCAUGCGCCCGUAACCAUAAUUUUACCACCAUAACCAAAGUCAAGCUACACAGUACAAAACUCCAAGAAAACACAGCAGCUUAACAAGUCUGAUAGCAUAACAACAUAACACAACGAAUUUUAUAUCAUAUGUUUAACAUAUGAGUAGAUAUAUUUUUGAAGAACCA